UUUUCUCCAUUGCCGGCACAUCACCCUCCAGUCGGCAUCGCUUCUUGCUCUCGCCGGCGCCCCUAAGCUCCGCAGCGAUUCUCUUCCCUGUUUUGCUGACGUUCUUUCUCUCCCCGAGGCCUGAGUUCUGCCGCUUCUGUCUUGUACUCGAGUUCCGGUGCCGCUGCUGUCCGCGAGUCGUCGUUGCUCGGUGGCAUCAGAUCUGCUGCCUCAAGCUCCGCCGUUCCCUUCUCCGGCUUGUCUGCUGCCUUCCUCCACUUCUUCGAACUGUUCUGCAGCUGAUCUGGCUCUCUGUGGUUCAGUUGAACUAAGAAGAAGAGGAUUAGAGGAAGAAGAUGAGCGAACCGAGGCCAGUGCCGAGGAGAGAGAGUCCAUGGGGAAUCACCGGAGAGGGUCAUCGUGAACCCAAAGCCCACCGGUGUAACGACCGUGUUGAAGAUGUCGUUCAGGCUUGUUUCGAGGGAAACCCAUUUAAGACAGUUCCAGGGCCUUUCAAGCUCUUCUGGAAAUGCAUGCGUUCUAAACCUGGUGAGGAACCAACGGAGCCAUUUACCUAUCUGGAUUUGGAACCUCCAAAGAGAGAGGAGAAACCUGUAAAAGUUGAGUAAUGCCAUUCCUACAAAUCCCUUUGGUUUCAACUUUAUCACUCAACAUGGAUGCUUUUUAUGCAAAUCAUAUGUAACUAAAUCUAUCUCUGUUGUUUUGCCAUGCAAAAUAGGCAUUAUAUGCAUCUUGUUCUGCGGUAUAUGUUGGCAUGUUGCUUGUCCAAUAAAAAGCAUGGCCACUUGCAUUGUUGAAAUAACUUUAACAAUAAUUUCUUGAUCACAUGUUCAUUGUUAUAAUCGCCACAAAUAGCAUGUUUGUUACGUAGAAUAUAAAUUCCAGUGUUUGCAA